AUGAUGCAGAAGAUGAAGAUGAUGGAGAAGAUGAUGGAGAAGAUGAUGGAGAAGAUGAUGAAGGAGAAGAAGAAGCCGCCUCCGCGGACGUCGCUCAGGGGCCCUCAGUCGAUCGCGGCCUCGGAACGAGUCCCGCGAGGCGGACCGACCGCCGCGGCCCGCGAGGCCUCCAGGGACGUGUUAUCCACUUUCCUGGCGUACUUCACCCCCGAGCUAGAGGACAUAGUGAUCGAGAUGACCAACCUGGAAGGGGUCAGGAGGACGACGCGGAGGCGUCGGGGGCGAGACGCAGAGGGUGAACAGGGCGAGGGAGGCGAAGAAGGCGGCGGCGGAGGAGGAGGAGAAGGAGGGGGAGGAGAGGGCAGAGCAGAGCCGGUGAGAAGCCGGUGGAAGCCCGUGGAUCGCACCGAGUUACGCGCCUACGUGGGGCUGCUGAUCCUGGCCGGAGUCUACAGGUCGAGGGGUGAGGCGUGUGAAAGUCUCUGGGACGCGGAGAGCGGGCGCGCCGUAUUCCGCGCCACCAUGCCUCUGAAGACCUUCAGAUCCUACUCCAGCGUCCUGCGCUUCGACGAUCGCGAGACCAGAGAGGCGAGACGCGCGGCGGCGGCGUCGUCUUCUUCUUCUUCUUCUUCUUCUUCUUCUUCUUCCUCUUACGGAGACAAACUGGCACCCGUCAGGAAACUGUGGGACGCUUGGUGCCAGCGGCUGCCGCUCCUAUACGAUCCCGGACCGGAGGUCACCGUGGACGAGAGGCUGGUUGCCUUUAAAGGCCGUUGCCCCUUCCGCCAGUACAUGCCCUCCAAACCCGCAAAAUACGGCAUCAAGCUAUGGGCCGUGUGCGACGCGCGGUCCAGUUACGCGUGGAAAAUGCAGGUGUACACCGGUAAACCUCGACAAGGAGCGCCCGCGGAGAAGAACCUGGCCACGCGAGUCGCGCUGGACCUCACCGAGGGACUGGGACCGGGCCGCACCGUGACGUGCGACAACUUUUUCACCUCGUUCGAGCUCGCCCGGAGGCUGUUCUUCGAGAGGGGACUCACCCUAUUAGGUACGCUGCGCGCCAACAGGACGGAGGUCCCGCGCGAACUGGCCUGCCCGCCUACUACCCGGGGGAACGGCAGACGGGUCGGAUCCUUCUCGUUCGCGUUCGCCACCGGGGAGGGGGGAGGCCCCUCGGUCGCCCUAAUCUCCUAUCUGGCCAAAAAGACCAGGAACGUGCUGAUCCUCACCACGGUGCCUGACGAACAAGAACAACAACAACAACAACAACACAAACCUGCUGCUGUGCUCCAUUACAAUCGUACCAAGGGAGGAGUGGACAACCUGGAUAAAGUCACAGGUACGUACAGCUGCAGGAGAAAAACCUGCCGCUGGCCCAUGGUCAUCUUUCACAACAUGAUCGACGUGUCCGCGUACAACGCGUUCGUUCUCUGGAGAGAGCUGAACCCGACGUGGAUGCCCGGCAAACGCAACAGACGCAGACUGUUCUUGGAGCAGCUGGGCAGGGCGCUCGUGGGUCCCAGCGUAAUCAGGAGGAGUGGCGGCAGGAAGAGGAAGAGGUCUCCGGCGCCUGCCCCUCGGACCACUCGUGCCCGCCGCGGUGACCCUUCAGCAAGGGGCAGCUCUCAACCCUCCUCUUCCGCUCCGCUCCAGAGACCGGACAGCCCUGGGCCCUCCUCCACUGGGACGCCCGCAGCUCCUCAGCUGGCUGCCAGCAGCAGACGCCCUCUGCCUCGGCAGACUGGUCCUUCUGCUCAUGUGCAGCCUGCUGAGAGUCGCAGCCCUGCGCUCUCCACCUCUGGCUCCUCUGUACCCCCUCACCCUGGUGCUCAGCCUGGAGGCCGACAGCUGCUCCCUCUCUGGGUCCAUGUUUGGGACGAGUCCCUGUUCUGGGAGCUUUUGGGGACUAUGCUUCCCAACCUGCACCACAUGGACCAGGAGGUUUGGAUGUACGUCUCUGGCUCAGACUCCAUGCUGGUGACUACCCCCUGGACGUCUGCCUCCACUGUCCGUGAGGUUGAGGAGACCCUGGAGACCUGGCAUUUCAGCUACUGGCCCUACGGCAGCGAGCUGUAA